CUCAGAUGGGAAGGCAGUUUUUGCUCUGUGGAAUAUAGAAUAGCUGCUUUCAGGUAGAAAAAAGAAUUUUUGCAAAAUGCCCUGGAUUCUUUCUGUGUAUUUUCUCUGCCUGCUUUUUCCUGGAAAUGCAGAACCAAAAGAUGAAAUGACCAGUCAGGAAUUGAUGGUUCUUACUGCUGAAGAAGGGCAGUGUGUCAAUCUCACCUGCAGGUUUAUCCAUAGGAUUGAAGGUCUGUAUCUGAUACGAACCCUUGGAAAGGCCAUGAAGGUGCUAUACAUUACCCAACAUGGUAAAAACAAGAGAGAAUAUCCUGCCUAUGAAAAUCGCACUGAGUAUUUUGAGGUGAACAACACAGCCACCAUCACACUGAAGCAGCUAAAGAAGAAUGACAGUGAUGUAUACAUGUGUAUGGCAACCCUGACCAUAGACAAGGGGCUUAAGCAGAAGAAUAGCAGCCAUAUUCUUUUGGCAGUAGAAGCAGCUCCAGAGAAGUAUAGUUCUGAAUCUCCCUGGAUGCUGUAUACUUUUAUCUCUGUGUUAAUGCUCUUGGUUAUUAUCUUGGGAUCUUACAUCAUCAUUCAUAUGAAUAUCAAGAAAUGCUUCCAAAAAGAACAUAGAGAGAAAAUACAAAAUUUGGUCUAUGAAGACAUGACUUGCAGCCUGAGGCGCAACAACCCUGAGACUAAAGUAAAUCAUUAUGCUAUGUAAUAUUGAAUGUUGAAUAACAAAAUAUCAUUGAAAAAUCCAACAAAUUCAUAUUUGUUUCAUUAUUUGUGUUUUAUUAAUUUUUUUUUUAAUGAGCAAAAUGUAUACUUUGAGCAACAGUUUGUAUAUAACAUGUGUGAACCAAUGGAAGAAUUUAGAAUUUGAAUGGCAAAGUUCAAAAGCCCUGUUCAGGCAUUCAGCUGAAUGUGUGAAGCCCUCAAACUGGGUCAAGAAUGGUGCCUACUGACCCCCACCCCCCUCUCUGACUUCCACAAAUUUAGCUGGAGGUCUGAAGAGGACCCAUAUUUGCAUUCGCUUGGAUGGGAGAAUAACCCUAGUGCAAUUUGAGAUUCUGAUUUAUUAGAGGUCCUGGAACGCCCACAAGAAGAAUCAGGGAGUCUUGGUAGACCACAGAUUAAGCAAGAAUUGGCAGUGUGCUGCAGCUACCAAAAGAACCAAUGCAGUUUUGGGCUGCAUAGUGUCAAGAUCACAGGAGGUGAUAGUACCACUCUAUGCUGCACUGGUCAGACCACAUCUGGAAUACUGUGUCCAGCUCUGGUCACCACAAUACAAAAAGGAUGCUGAGGAACUAGAAAGAGUGUAGAGAAGAGUAACAAAAAUGGUAAGGUGCUUGGAGGUUAAACCCUAUGAAAAGCAGUCAAAGGAACUUGGAAUUUGUUUAGCUUAAAGAAGAGAAGGCUAUGGGGAGACAUGAUAACAGUCUUCCAAUACAUGAAGGGGCAUCACAGGGAAGAGGGAGUAGAUUUAUUCUCCUGAGCACCUGAGGGGAAGCUGAGAAGAACCUGACUGUGAGAGCUAUUAGGCAGUGGAACAGCCUGCCUCGUGAAGUUGUGGGCGCUCCAUUGCUGGAGGUCUGCCAGAAAAGACUGGAGAGCCAUCCUGAAUGGUCUGAGGAUUCCUAUCCUGAGCGAGGGUUGGGACUAGAAGCCCCACCA